CGGAUGACGGACCGGACCACCGAGGCCCCGGGGCUUCCGGUGCCGCCGCGCCGCUGCCACGGGGGGCUGCAGGCCGUCAACAGCAACGGCACCUGCGCGGAGCAGGUGGGCUUCCUGCCGCCGUUCUCCUCCACCCUGGCGCUGCUCAUACUCGUGGCCGUGCUGGCGGGGGUCGUCCUCGUCUCCAUGGCGACCUUCCACCUCCACAAGAGGAAGCUCCGGAAGAGGAAGGUGCAGCGCGCCCAGGAGGAGUACGAGCGCGACAGUCGCAGCCCCACGCGUGCGGGGGGGGCGAGCGGAGGGGGGGAUCCCGCGAGGCCGUGCGUCAUCGUGCGCCCCCCGGUGCGAUGCGGGGGGGUGCAGCCGGCGUGCCGGAGCGAGGGAGGCCGGGCCGGCACCGGGGCACCGGGGGAGCCCGAGCUACAGGAGGCGGUGGCUCUGGACUGUUAA